UCCUCUGAGAAAGAUUGGAUUGGUCUUUUUAUAGAUUAUAUACUCUGUGUAAUUAAUUGUAGCAUCCCAGGCCUAUAAGUGCAUGAAGACUCUCAGAGCAGAAUUUUCACUGGGAUAAAAAUGUCUAUCUUUCAGAGAACUUCGGUGCUUUGCCCUAGAGCUGUCUGGUUUUACCUACUCCUUUCUGGGACACAGCUGACUUGGAGAGUGUUAUGUGCCAAGAACCUUGCAAAGAAAGAUUUCUUCAGACUCCCCGACCCCUUUGCAAAGAUUGUGGUGGAUGGAUCUGGGCAGUGCCACUCAACGGACACUGUGAAAAACACACUGGACCCAAAAUGGAACCAGCACUAUGAUCUAUAUGUUGGGAAAACUGAUUCCAUAACCAUCAGCGUGUGGAACCACAAGAAGAUUCACAAGAAGCAGGGAGCUGGCUUUCUGGGCUGUGCGCGGCUGCUUUCCAACGCCAUCAGCAGAUUAAAAGAUACUGGAUACCAGCGUUUGGAUCUAUGCAAACUAACUCCCUCAGAUACUGAUGCAGUUCGUGGCCAAAUAGUGGUCAGUUUACAGACACGAGACAGAAUAGGCACUGGAGGGUCUGUGGUAGACUGCCGAGGACUGUUAGAGAAUGAAGGAACUGUGUAUGAAGACUCAGGACCUGGAAGGCCUCUCAGCUGCUUCAUGGAGGAGCCAGCCCCUUACACAGACAGUACUGGUGCUGCGGCUGGGGGAGGGGACUGCAGGUUUGUGGAAUCCCCAAGUCAAGAUCAAAGGCUCCAGGCACAGCGACUUCGAAAUCCUGAGGUCCGGGGGUCACUACAGACACCUCAGAACCGUCCCCACGGCCACCAGUCGCCAGAACUGCCCGAAGGCUAUGAGCAAAGGACAACGGUGCAGGGGCAGGUUUACUUUUUGCACACGCAGACUGGAGUUAGCACGUGGCACGACCCCAGGAUACCAAGUCCCUUGGGGACCAUUCCUGGGGGAGAUGAAGCUUUUCUAUGCGAUUUCCUUCUACAAGGCCAUACAUCUGAGCCCAGAGACCUUAACAGCGUGAACUGUGAUGAACUCGGACCACUGCCACCAGGCUGGGAAGUCAGAAGUACAGUCUCGGGGAGAAUAUAUUUUGUAGAUCAUAAUAACCGAACAACCCAGUUUACAGACCCAAGGUUACAUCACAUCAUGAAUCACCAGUGCCAACUAAAGGAGCCCAGCCAGCCGCUGCCAUUGCCCAGCGAGGGCUCGGUGGAGGAUGAGGAGCUUCCCGCCCAGAGAUACGAGAGGGAUUUAGUCCAGAAGCUGAAGGUCCUCAGACACGAGCUUUCGCUUCAGCAACCCCAAGCUGGUCAUUGCCGCAUCGAAGUGUCCAGAGAAGAAAUAUUUGAGGAGUCUUAUCGCCAGAUCAUGAAGAUGCGGCCAAAGGAUCUGAAGAAGCGACUGAUGGUCAAGUUCCGGGGAGAAGAAGGUUUGGAUUAUGGCGGAGUGGCCAGUGUUGGGUUGCCCAUGGGACAGGUCUCCCAAGAAGCUUGGAGAAAGGACAAGGUAUCCACCCUGGCUGGUCAUUUUCCUAAUAAAUGUGUUCUCUGGUGCCCCCUACAGGACCAUCUGUCUUAUUUCCAUUUUGUGGGUCGGAUCAUGGGUCUCGCCGUAUUCCACGGACACUACAUAAACGGGGGCUUCACGGUUCCCUUCUAUAAGCAGCUACUGGGGAAACCCAUCCAGCUCUCUGAUUUGGAGUCGGUGGACCCAGAACUCCAUAAGAGCUUAGUGUGGAUUCUAGAGAACGAUAUCACCCCUGUGCUAGACCACACUUUCUGUGUGGAACACAAUGCUUUCGGGAGGAUUCUUCAGCAUGAACUGAAACCCAAUGGCCGCAACGUUCCCGUCACAGAGGACAACAAGAAAGAAUAUGUCCGGUUGUAUGUAAAUUGGAGGUUCAUGCGGGGGAUUGAAGCCCAGUUCUUGGCUCUUCAGAAGGGGUUUAAUGAACUCAUUCCUCAACACUUACUGAAGCCGUUUGACCAGAAGGAACUGGAGCUGAUCAUAGGCGGCCUGGAUAGGAUCGACGUGAGCGACUGGAAGUCCAACACUCGGCUGAAGCACUGUGUGGCCGACAGCAACAUCGUCCGCUGGUUCUGGCAGGCCGUGGAGACCUUCGACGAGGAGAGGAGGGCCAGGCUGCUGCAGUUUGUGACCGGGUCCACUCGGGUCCCUCUCCAAGGCUUCAAGGCUUUGCAAGGUUCUACAGGCGCGGCAGGGCCCCGGCUCUUCACCAUCCACCUGAUCGAUGCCAAUACAGACAACCUUCCGAAGGCCCACACCUGCUUUAAUCGGAUCGACAUUCCACCUUACGAGUCGUACGAGAAGCUCUAUGAGAAGCUGCUGACGGCCGUGGAGGAGACUUGCGGGUUUGCCGUGGAGUGACGAGAGCAACCAAAGGCAACAGAUUCUAGCUCAUGACCACCAGACCAAAAGCAAGCUUUCUGUGCGCCUCCUGCAAAGCUGGCUGAGGCCCGGGAACCCUAGAUGACCCGAGGGAAAGGGUUUUCUCCCCUCCUUUUCAUUGGGGGAGCGAGGGGGGUGGGGGGACUUUGGUUGGCGGCUCCCACCCAUAUUUUCCUCCUUUCUGACAGUGAUCCCCGCCCCCCCCCCCCCCCCCCUUCCAUCACCCAUCCAAUAAAAUGCAGCCAGGUUUAGCAUUUGGCUUCGGUCACACAGGAUACCCUGCAGCGACUGUAACCCACAUGGUUGGUGACAGGCUCACUGCCCUGUGGUCUUUACAGGAGGAUCGACCCACAAGUUCUGGAACUGAGCUUGGCUUACUGAGGGUUUGUAACCGGUAGCUCUUGUGUCUCCAGACAGUCCUGAGGUCCCUUUUCAAGUUCUGCAGCUCAAAUUCCAGUCACAGCCUAGCAGCCUGCUCUGGGAAGCAGAUUAAUCUCUAACUGAAAAAGAACCGUAUUGUCCAUUAGAAUUCUGCCCCAGCAGGAAGCUUGCUUCCAAAAUGUGCUUCCCUUUUGGGAAAGCAAAGGAACUGGGGCAGCUUUUGCUGGAGGCCUGGGGUAUUUUUAAGGGGAUCCUGGCUGAAAAAACUUGUUUUGCAUAGAGAAAAAUGAUCUUCCUUUUAAGAGUCCCUUUUGCCACAUUAUCUAUCUAGCUUGAGAUAUUUUUCCAGUGAAAACACCACAUAACAGAGCUUAUAAAAGAACACACCAAACCAGCCUCAGAUCCGUGCAGCCAGUCCCGGGCUGCGGCUCCCCCACCACCUGUAUGUCUAGGAGGAUCGGCUGGGUCACUUGAAUACUAACCAAGUGUUGUGCGGAAGUUGCUAAGAGCUGAACUAACAGAAUUCUGCUGUUGUAGCUGCUGGCUUGGUGCAAAGUAGCCUCACAGGGAGAGAGGGAACAGGCCACCCCACUGACUUAAAUCCACCCUGAGUUACGGUUUUACGAAGAGUAGGGCACGAAUGCAAACCUGUCGGUGGAGGGGACCCUUCACCCUGGCUCAUUCUGCUCGUUUCCCGAGUGUCGGGUGGAGACGCGAACAAUCGCUACUACUCAGUUCGCUCGCCCAGACGUCCUCACGUGACGAGCAAGGCCAAAGCAAGCCUGGACCCUGAGUUUCCAACACCAUUUUCCAAUUUGCACAGAAGUUCAACAGUAUUUGAACAAGGUGGUUUGAUUUGCGAUGAACUUCCGUGAAGGGCAGCAGCCAAUCGUCCUGUUUGGUUUUUUGUUGUUGUUUUGUUUGGUGGGGGGGUGGGGGGGCAAAUGCGGGGUAAUUCAUCAGGAAGACGUUUCACUGUCGGAAGUUUGCCGUUGGUUUCGGAGUUAAGCGUUGGGACCCAGCUGCGGGUCUGAGGUGGGUCUGGAAGGCUUUCGGGUGACUCUCUUUUUGUCACGGAUACCUCCGGAGCUAGGUGAGUUUGGAGGCGAGCUCAUCCUUGUGGGUCUUGCCCCGAAGCAUUCUGUGGCUGCCGUGCGGGAGCUCGGGAACCCCUGGGAGAUAGACCCUCCCUCGGAACAAGAAGUUCACCUGGUUCGGUGGGCCGUGGGCUAGCGGCUGUGGGUUCCAAGAGCCGUGAGAGAGCGCGCGUCUGGCCAUUUACGGAGGAGGUGCCAGGGUAGAGAGGAUGUCAAGUGUGACUGCUGCAGAGGAGAGAUUAAAUCCGUUCAGGAAGUCCAGGCCGUAUCAUGGGCUUGGACUGUCAGAAGUUCUGCCUUGCCCCGGUCAGGCUUACCCUGAGUCUCGCUCGUUUACCAUCGUCCUUCAGAGGGCGUUCUAGAAGCUGGCUCCCCCUGACUCUCUAGUCCUCCCUCUUAACCUUCCUCUGCGAGAGUAAGGAAAUGUCGGCUAUGGCCCUUCCCCCACAGAGGCCUCCUCUCGAAGGUGCACCUCAACCCCCAGUGUGAGGAGGAGACCUCCACAGAGAGCUGAGGGCACAUCCAGACCGAGCGGGGGAACCACGGACUGUUCCUGUGGUUUGGCCCAGAGCUGCAGGAAUGAGCGGGGAGACGAGGGUCUAGCGGGACUGUGGCACGUGGCUCCUGUAAGACGAUCUUCCUGCUGUCGGGAGGAACAGUCCUUAGAACCCGUGCCUGCCAGCCCCAUGCUGCCUGUGGGUGUCAGGCGUGGGCCCAGCACGCGGGACCGGCCUGUAAGGUGGGGCUUUCCUCCCUCAUCAGUCGUCCUCGUCAGCUGUGCGUUACAGUGGGGCCUGAAAGAGCAGAACUUUCCAGAGCCCUGGUUUACUCUCGCCAGACAGGCCCGGCAGUAGCAUUGCACUUCUAGAACCUUGGAUUAGGCCUUUUGAACCACGGAAAGAGCAGUGUGGCCGACAGUGGGGAAAAGCUCCCGGUGACUCCACUUUGGGUCCACGUGGACCCUGUUCCCACGAGCUCUCGUUUGUGGCCCUUGGUGAUCCCCAACACCCCCCGCUGUCCCCUUCCCACCCCUUGGCCCAGAUGCUUCAGGGGCCCGACUUGCAGGCUUGCCCUCACCAGCGGUCAUCAGCCGACCCUCAGGGAUGCAGCAAACCACCGCUCUGCCAGCGCUGUAGGAGGGAGAAACAAAGGGGCUGCUUGGGGGACACGGUCAGGGCAGCUCUCCCUGAGGGGAGACUCUGCCCGCCAGGAGUCCCGUGCUCCCCGAGCUUGCUCGGCCGCGUGGUCCCAAUUCAGGUGAGGGGGUCCUCCACCCUGAGCUGUCAGGAGUGGCCUUCUGCAGAGAACCCGCCCCAUCCCCCCGGCCCCGUCCGCAGCCAGGCGCGUGCCGCACGGCAGCCUUCCCGAAACAUAGUAUGAAUUUUUAAAAUUUGUUUAUUUUUGUUUCUCAACCACUUUAUAAUGUAUUUUUUAAUUUAUUUUGUAAUGUCUUGUUUUUAAGUAUUGCUGCUAUCCUUGUUAUUCUUCCCACUGUUUUUAUUGCUGAUUUAUUUUGUGAAAAUUGUACACUAAUGUUCCGUUUUAUGUCAAAAUCAAAAGUAUUUAAAGAAAUACUAGUUCUAUUUAAUGUGGUUAUGGAACCAGCUGGAAACACAAAACAAACAGUGAUUGUACAGCAGGUUGGACCCAGGAGGUCAGGUUCAUUUUGUUACAUAUGCAAUAAACUCACGACUUUACAUUUUU